UGUGCUUUCCAUCAUAAACAUAUUUUAAACGAAAAUAAAUAUAUAUAUUUUAUGAAAAACAUAAUGGAUUGCGAUGGACCAAGUUUGGAGGAGCAGCGCGAGCGAGUCGAUAAUGCAACCUUGACCGCCAUGGAGGAUCUGGAUCGGGAUUAUCUGCGCAAGCUGCAGAUCGAGAUGCACACCUGUGCGACCGCCUGCUGUGCGGAUGCGGAUGCGAGUGCGGAGGCGGUACAGCGGUGCGUCGACCGCUGCCAAAUCCGAUUGACCCGUGCUCGCUGUUUCGUGCAGCAGGGCCUAUCCGAUUUCGAGAAUCGCCUGGAGAAGUGCAUUCAACAGUGUCGCAUCCACGGAUCCGAUUCUCAGCUGGAACGCUGCUCCAGUAACUGCGUGGACAGCCAUGUGGCAUCCCUGCCCGAAAUGCUCAGGGCCAUGAGAGAUACCCUGGAAAAGGGGGUUUAAGGGAGUACAGAAACCCUAACAAAAUACAACAAAUCUAUAUUUUAUGUUCUUGAAAAUUCAAUUAGUUGCCUUUAUAAAAUGUCUUUUACACCAAUAAAAUUAUAAUUUUUGAAUUUCAAGCAAUACAACUAU